AUGGUGGCAGUGGUGGUGGAUGAGGCGGCGGUGGUGGUGACGGUGGAUGGUGAUAGCGGUGAGUGGUGGUCGGUGGCAGUGGCGGUGGUGGUGGCAACGGUGACGGUGGUAGUGGUUGUGGUUGUGGCGGUAGCGGUGGGAGGUGGGAGGCGGUGGUGGUGGCGGCAAGUGGUGGUCGGUGGCAGUGGCGGUGGUGGUGGCAACGGUGACGGUGGUAGUGGUUGUGGUUGUGGCGGUAGCGGUGGUAGUGGUUGUGGUUGUGGCGGUAGCGGUGGUCGGUGGUGGUGCUGGUGA